AUGGAAGAUAUUGACUGGGGAUUGCUCUCAUCGUAUGCCGGGUUGUUGACAUUAGCGAGUACGUCUAUAUACCUGGGCUCUUUUGGCUCUCUGCCUAAUCCGAAGGGAAGUGAAGGUGAAGAAGGAGAUGAAGAUGUGGACGUCGAGAUGGUAUCCUCGGAGGAUGCAUGGUUGUUCCCACUAAUUGGAUCUGGGACACUUCUUGGUCUGUAUACGAUCAUUCAAUACUUUGGAAAGGAGUGGAUCAACUGGCUUCUUGGGAUAUAUUUCUCUAUCGCUGGGAUGGGUUCUGUUUGGAAGUCGUCGAUCUCGUUGUACGUCUUCUUAGUGGGACAAAAUCGAUGGAAGAAACAUGGAAAGCAUACCUUUACUAUCCAUAAAGAUAACCACAAAAUUUUAUCUCUCUCUUGGCGUAUGCCUACAUUAUUCCUACUACCUCUAUCCAUUAUACCCUCGGCACUAUAUACGUUCUCGGCCACGAGUCGAAAGUCUGUUCUUCUUACAGAUAUAUUGUCACUCUCCUUUUCUCACAACGCACUGUCCCUCCUUAAAAUCGACUCUUUCAAGACAGGCACAAUACUCUUGACCGGCCUCUUCUUCUAUGACAUUUGGUGGGUCUUUGGGACUAGAGUGAUGGUCGAAGUAGCGACCACACUAGACGUUCCCAUCAAGCUGUUAUGGCCCAAAUCUAUGACCUUGUCGGACUCGCGGGGUUUUACGAUGCUUGGAUUAGGUGAUGUUGUCAUCCCUGGUGCAUUCAUAGCUCUUGCCCUGCGGUACGACUACCAUCGUUUCUCUGGCCAAUCCCACAGCGGAUCCCAGUUUUCCAGACCUUACUUUUAUGUUUCCCUAUCAGCUUACGUGGCUGGCUUGGUAACGACGCUGUCAGUGAUGCACUUUUUCGGCAAGGCGCAACCGGCGCUGCUGUAUCUAAGUCCUGCAUGCAUCCUGUCCUUUGUGAUCACGGCGUUCUGCCGCGGAGAGCUUUCUGAAGCGUGGGACUGGAGCGACGCACCGCCGCCGGCGUCGAAAGACCAGGGGGCUGGAGAUCCUAUGGAAGAGAAAGCAGCGGAAGGCGGAAGUUCCGAAUUGAAAGACUAG